UUCCUCUGAUGGGUUGAAAAGAAGAUUGAUAUUUGCUCUGAGUGUUGCUAAAUUACAUAUUGUAGCAUUACACUCAUAAUCAAACAGACUUAUAAACCAAGUGACUCAAUUACUUUAUCCGGUUUGUUUAUUGGUCAUACAGUAUUCUGCUAUAUCUUAUAUCUCUAAGGGCCGGUCCCCCAGACACAGAUUAGGCCUACUCCUGGACUAAAAAGCAUUUUCAAUGGACAAUCUCUUUUUUUGGGGGGUCCAGAACAAGGCCUAAUCUGUGUCUGGGAAACUGGUUAUAAAAUUCUAGUCAUGUGAGGGUAAGAAGAACCUGAUGUACAACCUCCCAUGAGAGUGCAUCCAGAACAACUUCCCCUCGCGCAAGUGCUUUGCAUUCCCCACCCCUACAACUCCUGACAACAUGCCCCGCCUGGACUCCAUGGACGAGGCUGACCUCUGUGGAAACUUCCGAGGUCGCAGAUAUGCUUCAUUUCCCAGUGCUGGGCCACUUGGUCAACACCUAUGUGGAGACCAUAGCCAAAGGCGCUGUGCCCUGUCUGGAGAAUGCGGUGCUGGCCAUGGCUCAAAUUGAGAACCAAGCUGCUGUGGAUGAGGGCCUGGCGGUGUAUCAGAGGGGCAUGGAGGAGGUGAAGGCCUUAUUCCCUGUGGACAUGGGUCAGAUUUCAGCUCAUCACCUCCGCUCAGACCACCAGGCCACGCAGCGAUCCUUCAAAGAUGAAAAUUGGGAUUUCUUGAAAGCUUUAGCGGAGGCCACUGCAAAAGACUACACUGACCUUCUCAUCCAGAAUGAGGAGGUCUCAGAGAAGAAAUGUAAGGCCCUUCUGGAGAAGCUGUCUGCUCCGAUGGCCCAGAAGAUUAUAGGUGGGAUCUACGCCACACCAGGAGGCUAUGAGCUUUACUGCAAUCACCAUGACAACAUGGUGGCACAGUACCGGGCCGAGCACAACAAAGGAGUUAGGACUAAGGAGAUUCUGGAGCAGUUCCUGAGGGAGAAGAGUCUAGAAAAGAAUUCCAUCCUGCAAGCUGACAAAAAACUGACCGAAAAUGAGAAAAACAUCCACGAGAAGAGAGCCCUGGCUGAACAGGCAGUGAAGAUGGAGGCAGAGAAAAUGGAGGCAGAGAAACAGCAACAGUUAGAGAAACUGACCCAGGAGAGGAAGAGAAGUCAUCAGGAGGGCAUCCGUCAGCUAGAGGCCAAGAUGGGCCAGGAGGCGAAGGAGAAGCAACAGGAGUUGGAGAGAGCGAUAGAUCGCAAGCUCCAGGAGCAGGAGAAGCUGAUGGCUAAGGUCUUUAUGGAGAAAGAGGCAGUAAUGAAGGUGGAGAUACAGAGCCUGAGAGAGAAGGAGGCCAAGCGUGAGGAGAAGGAAGAGGAGUCUCGCAACUCUAGAGCCAUUACACAGGGUAUCGUAGAGGAUGUAAGCAAUGGCUUCGGUCACUACUUCAACUACAGGAAAGCCCGUGAGGAACUCAAGGCGCUUGUGUUAAAAGCGCGGGUCAGAUCCUACACUCCCAAACAGGAGCGGUUGUCAAUGGCAUUACCCCUGGCUCAGACACACUGGUGUUACUGGCUGUCCCACCGCCCCAAACACUUUCAAUUUGCACAGUUGAAAACCUCCAAUUGAUUAUAAUAAUCAAUUAUAAUAACCAAUUAAACAGUAUGCUCUCCAUUGUCAUUCCUAAGUGUCACGUCUCCUCCCAUUGCUCCCCUCCGGUGCUCUGAUACGCCGGUCUACUGAGCCACCGGUCUGAGCACA